UGCUAUAAAUAAUAGCUGGUUAUUAACACAAUUUUCAAGCUAACGAAAAUUGCAACUAGUGUUGUGUUCUCCUUCAAUGGCUUCAACAGAUCUCACAAAUAUGAAAGAAGACCAAUCAAGGGAUGGACAAGAAACAAUUAGCGAAGAAAACAAGGUAAUCCAUGAUUAUAAUAACCUAAUCUUGUCUCUUCCUAGAGAAAAUGGAUGUGAUACUCAAUAUUUUUAUUUUUAUCAUGGAUUUUGGUGUCCAUCAACUCUUAUCCAAUCUGUGAACUCUUUUCAAAAUAAUUUUCAUGCCAAAGAUAGUGAUAUUGUAGUUGCAUCCAUGCCAAAAUCUGGCACUACUUGGCUUAAAGGUCUUGCAUAUGCUAUUGUUAAUCGCCAACAUUUUACCUCCUUAGAGAAUAACCAUCCAUUACUAUCAUUUAAUCCACAUGAACUUGUGCCUCAUUUUGAAGUAAGUGGUAAUAAUACAGAUGGUCAAAUGCCUCAAAUUGAUGUACCAAAUAUGGUUGAACCAAGGCUUUAUGGAACUCACAUGCCAUUUCCUUCGUUGCCCAAGUCAAUUCAAGAGUCCAAUUGUAAAAUAAUUUAUAUAUGUAGAAACCCAUUUGAUACAUUUGUAUCAUAUUGGACUUUCAUCAACAAACUCAGAUUAAAGAAAUCUUUAACUGAAUUAACUUUGGAGGAAUCUUUUGAAAGGUACUGUAAGGGAAUAUGUUUUUUUGGUCCGUUCUGGGACAAUAUGUUGGGUUACUUGAAGGAGAGCAUAGAAAGACCAGAUAGGGUUUUAUUCUUGAAAUAUGAAGACCUUAAAGAAGAUGUUAAUUUUCACACGAAAAGAAUUGCAGAAUUUGUGGGAUUUCCUUUCACUGAAGAAGAGGAAAAUAAUGGAGUGAUUGAAAAUAUAAUCAAGUUAUGCAGCUUUGAGAGUAUGAAGGAAUCAAGUGAAAAUAAAUCUGGAACUGCAGCACUAAAGAUUGAGAGAGAGUUUUUCUUUCGAAAGGGAGAAAUAGGGGAUUGGGUGAAUUAUCUCUCCCCUUCGAUGAUAAAAAAAUUAUCCAAAGUCAUGGAAGAAAAAUUAAGUGGAUCAAGCCUAUCAUUUAAGGGGUGCCCUUAACUCUGCUAAGUUAGUGAUUACAUACUUUGAUGGUGUUUUAAGAUUUUGCAGGAAUCGUGGCAAGAUGGCUGGGCAACAUGGCACGAUUGGAGGUUUCAGUUUUGAAGCAAGCCACUGGAAAAAUCAUGCCACGAUGGGAUCGCAACGUGGCACGAUGGUGCGCUGGCAGCGAAUAACAAAAACGUAUUUUUGGGUGCAGAUUUGUUCCAAAUUUUAAGCGAUACUUUUACUAUAAAUAUAAACCUUGUAUCAACCUAAACUUUGAGAUAGAAGGGGCUGAAACAAGGGUUUAGAAAGGCAACAACAAAACCAGGGUUUGUAUAGAGUUUGUCUCUUUGGAACAAACACUAGGGUUUGAGGGUUAAUUCACCUUGGGAAAUACUAUUAGGAUUGAGUCUUUUGGUUACGGAAAGAGGUUGAGACUUUGGGUAGAAUUAGGCGGGAGACUUAUUCUUGUAACCCAUUGAUAUCUCUUUUGUAACGUUACUCAUCAUAUAAUGGAACGGAGGGCUGC